UUUGUUUCAUCUCACAUCAGGAAGUAUGUUUUAAUAGAUAUAAUAGAAAAUAAUUAUGUCAUUUUAGAUAUAGAAACUCCAUCAUCUUUUUCAUCAGGAAUUGGCUCUGACUCAAAUGAUCAAGAAUCAUCAAAUAGUAUGCUUAGAAAAAGUUUUUAGAAAACUAAGUUCGAACAGCUUUUCCGUUGAUUAGGCAAAGAAGAAUAAACUCUUUCUUUUUAUUUCUAUUGAAGUUUUUCGAUAUUUCGUUGUUUAAAGACAGUUUCUUUAGAAAUGUUUUUUAAAUUCUUUUUAAUUGGAUUUCUAGUUACUUAAAUGUGCGUGAAUAGAGAAUGGGAGACGAACAGAAGAGAAGAUAGCUAAGAAAAGGAGGGUGAUAUUCCCAAUUAAGGUUCGUUGGGUUGGUCACAGACCUAAUCAGGUCUGAAUCCGAAAAAUUUUGACUCUACAGAUCCUACACAUACCGUCUCCAACAUAUUGUGAAUAAAUAGUAGAACAGAAGACAGUGAUAAAUGAAGAAGAAAAAAUAUUUUCAAGUUUCUUCUUAUUCUUCUAUUCCAUUAUCUAUUUACUCUAUGUUAGAAAGGGUACACAUCUCAUUUAUUGCUGCGAUCCUCCUUUUUUUCCAGUUCUCUUUUCCUAUGUUCUUCUUCCUCUCUUCUUCUCCAUCUCUAUUUACAUGCAUUUAAAUAGCUAAACUUUCAUUUAACAAGAAUCAUAAAUAAGUUUUUGAAAAAGUUGUCGUUCGAAAAAAAAAAAAAAAACUUCAAUUUAAAGAAAACGAAAGAGUGUAUGUUCUUUUUAAUCCAAUCAAGAAAACCUUUCUAAUUAUUAAUUAAUUUUCUUCUUUUUGCUGUUUCAUUAGGCUUGACUUCUCCAACAAAUAUUGAAUCAAAUACAAGACGUCUAACAAUAAUAGCUCAGCCAUGCUAUGGCGGAAAAUUACGUUAUCGUUCUGAAUUUGAAAACAAUAAAAAUCGUUUAAGUGUUCUUAGGAAUAGAAAUAAAAAGUCAAAUUUCCAAGGUCCUGCAAUUCUAAUUCCAGAAGAGUAUCGGAUGCCAAAUGAUCAGUAUUAUAUUCGUGUUUCUCUUGUAACAGUUACAUACAAUAAAACCAAUUUACACUAUUUUCAUCCAUAUGAACUUGAACAUCCUUCGAAUGAGGAAAGUAAUGAUAGAUAUGAUAAUUCAGUUUGGUUUCCGAUUCAACCAGAAGAUUGCCUUUUGGGUAUUAAAAGUUUUCCAUCAUUACGUAUCGUAAAGAAACGAGCUUGCCAUUUACCAACGUGUUCAAAUUUACGCAUAUUUGAUUGUCAUAAUCAAAAUGUACGAAAUGAUUUGUUGACACAAUUUCCUCGUCCAAAAGACAUAAUUGAUGAAUAUAAGCUUGAUCAAAGUCAAUUAGCUUUUACUGUUGCAAAAAAAGAAACUAUUGGUGAUCGAAUUGAGAAGAAUAUUUAUCCAAAUACAACUGUUUAUUCCGAAGAAAUGGUUGAAGGUGUUGAUAUUGAAUCAACUGUUGACAAUAGUAUGCAAUCAACAACUGUGAAAACAAAUUCAUCAACUUCUAAUUGUCGUGUCUAUAAAUAUGCACCUAAAUGGGGUUUUGAUACAAGUAAUGAAGACAUGCUUAUUUUUUUAACAAAUAAGCCUGAACCAAAAAAAUAUGGAGAAUUACAAAUUACCUUUGAAUGUGAUCUACCAAAUAAUCAUUGGUCAGAAUCAAUUGGUAAUAUUGAUAUUAAAGAUCGAAUGAUAUCAUUUAAAACACCAAAAUUUCCAUAUCCAUUCGAGAUGAUACAAUCAGUUAAUGUCAUAUUAAAACAAAGUAAUCGUACUUUAGGAACAUUAACAUAUCACUAUAUGUCACCAUUGACUCAAUGUUUAAGAUGUCAAUCAAAUGCUGUUGAAAAUCAAACUGAUCCAGUGCCAAAUGUACCAAGCAAACGUACAAUUUCUAUGAUUGAUAAAGAUGAUUACGUAUUUGACAGUAUUGUACCAGAUUUGAAAAAUACAGAUAAACUUCAGCAAUCAUUAUCAGAACCGGAAUCAUCGUUAUCAUCAGCUACUACAUCGAAUUUUAGUUCUCUAUCAUCACUGAAAACUGAUGAAACAAGUAAAGAUGCAAGUAUAGACGUGAUAGAUAAGAUUCGUGAUGCUGCUGAACUAUUAUUUCUAAAAAAUGACUAUACAUUGUUUCUACGUUUAUGUCGUUCAUUCGUUAAGAAACGUCCAAAAUUACUUCACGAUGCUCUCGAUAAUAACUACUUUGAUCUUUUAUUAAAAUUCAUUCCAAUUGCUACAAUUGAGAUUCUUCAACUAAAAAAUGAACUCGAUGAAACUUUUCUCUUACAUAGUUUACGUCUAAAUCGUAUAGAAAUUAUUCAAGCAUUAUUGGAACGAAAAAAUUCCGAAAAAAUUAUCGAACAUAUUGAUGAAAACAAAAAUAAUAUUUUUCAUUUAAUUGCAUCAUAUUCAAUUUCACCAGAAAUACUUGAUUUAUUAAUUAAUUAUCUUCAUGAAAAAUCAAUUUCUAUUCAAGAACAAUUUGAUCAUCUUAAUCAAGAUAGUCAAACACCAUUACAAUUAGCUAUUUGUAAAAAUAAUCUAUUGGCUACAAAAUGUCUUUUGAAAUAUUCUAAUAGUAAUAUACAUGACAAAAAGAAUCGUACAGGUGAUAAUCUUAUUCAUCUUGCGGUUCGUCAUGG